AUGGCGGUCCUCAAGUUCCUACUGCUCGCGACGGCCUCCGCGACCCUCGAGCUCACGGGCGACACCUUCGACGAGGCCGUCCUAUCGAGCGGCAAGUCGGCCUUCGUCAAGUUCCUCGCGCCCUGGUGAGGCCACUGCAAGGCGAUGAAGCCGGCGUGGGACGCUUUAUCGCAGGACUACGAGGGGUCGAAGACCGUGCUCGUCGCGGACGUCGACUGCACCGCGGCGGGCAAAUCGCUGUGCGCGCGGUUCAAGGUCUCGGGCUUCCCGACGAUCAAGUACUUCAACCCGCCGAACCACGUCGGCGAGGACUACGACGGCGGCCGGUCCCUCGACCAGCUCCGGGCCUUCGCCGAGAGCGAGCUCAAGAUCGCGUGCUCGCCGACGUCGAAGGCGAGCUGCUCGAAGGAAGAGCUCGCGCAACUCGAGAAGGACCUCGCCAUUCCCGCGGCGGCGCGCACGGCCGAGCUCGUGAAGAUCUACGAGGCCAUGGACGCCGACGCGGAGAAGCACGACGCCUACCUCGAGGAGCUCCAGGCCCGGUACGACGAGGCCGAGGAGGCGCUCGAGGCGCGCAACGCGGCCGUCGAGCCCCGCGUCAAGCAGCUCAAGGCCGCGGGCACGACGCUGCCCGAGGGCUUCAAGCGCCGCGACGAGGAGGACGAGGACGAGGAGGACGAGGACGAGGAAGACGACGACGACGACGACGAGGGCGACGCGGACGGCGACGACGACGACGACGACGAGGGCUCGGACGAGCUCUAG